AUGCUUGAGGCAAUUUUAGUGGUAUUUAGUAGUGUUGGCUUAAUCUACGCAUCGGAUCCUGAUAUUCUCACUGACUUCACCAUUCUGGUUUGGCAAUUUUCUAAUUUGACUGGGAGUUAUUUCACAUUCAAGGGAUUCCGAGAUGUGGGAACGAACAAUUUAACUGGGCCAGUAAAAGUGACAAAGGCGGUGGCGGCAGAGUUUCCGGCGCUGAAUGGGCUGGGUGUAUCAAUGGCAAUGCUGCAGUUCCCGGUAGGUGGAGUAAACCCUCCUCACACUCACCCCCGCGCUUCUGAACUUCUGUAUCUUGUGGACGGAUCUCUCCUCGUUGGAAUGGUUGACACCACGGCAAAGCUGUUCACGCAGAACCUCACUAAAGGGGAUUUAUUUGUGUUUCCGAAAGGACUCCUCCAUUACCAACUGAAUGCGGAUGCUACCUACAAGGCCUUGGUUGUUUCUGCCUUUCGAAGCGCCAAUGCAGGCACCAUGUCGGUCCCUUCUACUCUCUUCACAACCGGUAUCCCCGACGAUGUUCUGGCCAAAUCAUUCAAGACAAAUACACAGGCUAUCGAGCUGCUCAAGAGUGGCCUUAAAAGUACCUGA